CAUCCUUUGUGGUAAAUAUUGGGCAUGAAAACACACAUAACGACAUAUGAUAACAUACAAGGAACAAUGAUUCACGAAGCACACACAUAUAGUCACAUGCACACACACACACAGAGAUGAACAGAAACAUAUGACAUAACUUUCCAAUGGAGAUCAAGCAAAAGAAGCUAUGGUUUUCUUUAAUUCUGCUCUCUCUAAUUACUACAACGACUUUGGGGGAAUUUGGAGGACCAUUACUGAAGGGUUUCUACAAAGAGAGUUGCCCUUUAGCAGAGGAAAUCGUGAAGCAUAACGUCGAGGUUGCUGUUCUCAAAGAUCCUCGUAUGGCGGCUUCUCUUCUUCGUCUUCAGUUCCACGAUUGCUUCGUCUUGGGUUGUGAUGCGUCUGUGCUUUUGGACACACAUGGAGAUAUGGUGAGUGAGAAACAAGCAACUCCUAAUGUGAACUCUUUGCGUGGAUUUGAAGUAAUUGACUACAUUAAGUACCUCCUCGAAGAUGCUUGUCCUCUAACCGUCUCCUGUUCCGAUAUCAUCACCAUGGCCGCUCGUGACUCAGUCUUCCUGAGAGGUGGACCAUGGUGGGAAGUUUUGCUAGGGAGAAGAGACUCAUUAAAGGCAAGCUUCGCCGGCGCAAACCAAUUUAUUCCAGCACCAAACUCCUCCCUGGACACCCUUAUCGUCAAUUUCAAGCAACAAGGCCUCAACAUUCAAGAUCUCAUAGCUCUUUCAGGUGCUCAUACAAUAGGUAAAGCGAGAUGCGUGAGCUUCAAGCAACGCAUAGUUCAACCAAACAUGGAACAGACGUUCUACGACGAUGAGUUCAAGAGACAGAGCACAUUCAGACGAGUCCUACGGUCACAAUGCAAAGAUUCAAGCCGGGACAACGAACUGUCCCCAUUAGAUAUCAAGACGCCAGCUUACUUUGACAAUCAUUAUUACAUCAAUCUGUUAGAGGGGAAAGGGUUGUUGAUAUCAGAUAACGUUCUCGUCACUGAAGAUCAUGAGGGAGAGAUCUAUAGGAAGGUUUGGGAAUAUGCAGUUGAUCAAGAUCUCUUCUUCCUUGAUUUUGUCGAAUCCAUGUUGAAAAUGGGUAGUAUAAAUGUUCUUACUGGUGUUGAAGGUGAAAUCAGGGAGAAUUGUAGAUUUGUCAAUAUCUGAAUUCAAAAAGUAUUACCACAUUACAAACUGUUUGCACACGUUACAAUAUCAACCAAGAUUAUGUUAUGAGUUUUGCCAGUCUAUCAACAAUUAAAUUGGUCUGUAUAUUGGAAUAUCCUGCUUCAGCCAAGUGUGUUCAAUUAAUCUCAGAGUGUCGUCUAGAGUUCAUAAGUGCAAUGUUCAAUACUCACAAGCUCAAAUUAUCAGAGAACCAAUGCACCUAGUUCAAGCAGACAAGGGAAGUAGUGGUUUUGAAAGUUCCCUGUGAACAAAUCUAAUCGUUUAACAAAGUGGUUUCAAUUAAAAUUGACUUUGGAGCUAAUAGAAAAAUCACGGUACAAAAUUUAAUUUUGUUUGAUGGGCAUCAGAUAAUCAUAAAAGUUAGCAUCACAUACAAUCAGACGCAAAUUACCCAUGAAACAUAAUUUCAUCAUCUGCCCAGUAAAAAAUUUAAGAAAAAUUAAAACCAAAUUCUUGAAAUCAACAAAACAAAACAUAAAAAAAAAAACUAAAAGAAUCUGAGUAUCAGUUCUCCAAGGUGAAUAAAACAUCAAUGUAAUUCAGUCUCAAAUAACAUCAAUAUAUGAGAUUCAUCCUUUACUCAGAUGCCAAAAA